AUUGCGAUAGACAGCGAAGGACCAGGGAGGGGCCGACUGAACUCAAUCAUAUGACAGCGAACCCGCACUAAUCUCACAAUUUGACUUGUGACACGGAGGACUAACCCGACCGUCUGCACCAGAGCAGCCCAAUACACGUUGGAACCCGACUUUUAAAGACGCUCUCUGGCCGAAAGCCAGGGCCUGGCUUCGUUCCGUGAGCCGGUGCUGCCGCGCCACCUGGUGGACACGCGACGCGCGUUGCGUGGCGCGCGUAAUUGCCAUGGAGACGGUUGAAGCGCGCAUUGUUUAAGAGACGUUGGUGACGUCGCGCCAGUUAAACACGGGAGGAAGACACUCGUGUUUAAGCAGGUAUUACAACGGGGAAGAGACGACCGACCGGAGAGCAGCGAGCCGGUUAAUGCAGCGCAACUAACGGCUGCUUCCAUCACCUGAACUCAUGGAAGGAAAGUCGGACAUCUCUGCAGAUACGUCACAGACCAGUUGAUGCAGCUUCAUUCUGUUAGAGGCUCCUGACUUGGUGCCUCCGUUAAUCAGACUUGUAACUGAAUCUGCAACCAAAAUACUACAAUCUGCACUUGUGAAUCCUCUGUGCUGACCUCAGCAUUAUGAAAGUAUCACAAUGGCAGCUAGUGAAUCCAAACUGGUUCCUCUGUCAUCGACGCAUGAACUCAAACUUGCAUGCACUCAGUGCUCUGUCAAGGAAAAAGAAGUCACGUACACGUUGAAGUCGGUCCUCCACCAGUGUGCCCGCACCCUCCUGCUCUGCAGAGCCAAAGGGGGCAGCAAAUGGAGGCCGGUCUCCAAGCGGCCCAUGUUUCCAAAUCCGAAUCAGUACCAGAUGUGCCUCUUCUACGUGGAAGGCCAUGGUUGUACGUCCCACAAGAACCGCUGCACCUUUGCGAGAAGUGUCGAGGAGGCCACCGUUUGGACGUUUGAAAAGCGCCGCGGUCUGGACCACAUGCUCCUCUGUAAGCUUGUAGCUCAGUCCGAGACGGGAGGGGAUCCGCCCGGUAACGCCGAACCCCUGGGUGACCUCUUGCCGAUUCUGGAGUUGAAGGCUGCGUGUGAUCAGUGUUUUGUGAAGGAGAAGAAAAUAACACGCACAGUUCAGCUGAUCAGCCACAAUUGCAGAAGAGAUCUGCUGUUGGCCAAAGACAAGGCCUGUCAUCAGUGGAAGCCUGUCGCGGACCGGCCUGCGGGUGUUCGUAUCGGGCCGAAUGUUUUUUACCAAGUGUGCAGAUUCCACGUCGAGGGCUCGGGCUCUGAAUGCACAUAUCACGGAGCCGCAUGCACUUUUGCCAGGAGUUCUGAAGAGGCCGUGGUGUGGAACCACCUGAAAGACCAUCGUAUCGAUAAAGGCCAGUUAAUCCGACAGGUCGUUGAGUCUGAGCGCACGCGGUCGACACCAGAAAGUGCGGCCGAAAGCAUCCGCCGGCGGUUUUCCGGCGAAUUCAUAGAGCUCUGCAGGGAAUGCUUCAACGACUGCCCGCAAAAGCUGACACUUAAAAAGUGGAAUUCCACUUGCUCGGCAGAUUCGGCGCACACCUGGGACCCCGUCUUAGUUCAUCACCUGUCCGAGAACAGCAGCAAGCACGUCUACAGCCAGGUGCGCCCUCUCCUCCCGAACUGCCAGUUCACCUACUGCAGCCACGUCAGGCAGGGCAAGCCGUGCUGGCACCAGCCGGGCCACUGCGGCUCGGCGCAGAGCGAGGUGGAGAUGGCCGUGUGGGAAGCGGAGCAAGGCGGGCUCUCUGUGCGACCGCUCCUCCUCCAGGUGAGCCAGGGCGAGCAGACGGAGCACAGGAAGAAGGUCACCAUGUACUGCAAAGUGUGCCUCCUGGUCCUUUCCUCUCCGGAGAGCUUCUACAAGCACUGCAGCUCUUUGGAGCACUCUCAGUUACUCGCCGAGGACACCACCACCAGGUGGAGAGGACGGCCGCCCCCACACAACCACCGGUCUGGGUUUUGGCUCUGCGAGAGACCACAAACGUGCGAAUACGGCAGCAAGUGUCCAAAAGCUCAUUCCGUGGAAGAGCUGCAGGAGUGGCUGAUGCGUGCUGAGGAGGAGAAAGAGAUCCGACACAACAUCGGCGCCCAGGGCCUCAUGUCCUACAACGAGAGCCUCCUGGAGGAAUACAAAAACACCAGCAACGAAGCAUACAUCGUAUCCGAAGAGGUGGACGAUGUCAGCAUCUCUUGUGAUAAAGAAUUAAGUGUGCAGUGGGAACAGAUCAAUGCAACAUUUCAGUGGGACUUCAAAGUUGAAACAGAGAGACAACUUGUGCACGUGGCGCUGCUCAAGCAGGAACCGGGAGCGUCAUUCACCCUCAGGGACCUGGGUCCUGCGCCCUGCAUCCACUCCUCAGGUGAACCCUUUCUCAGGGAAGACAUGACCUAUGACAUCACCGUGUCCUUCACAGCUAGCAAUCCUGGCCUCUAUGACCAGUGGCUGGUGUUGGACUUCAACGCGAGGCCAGUGCUGCUGAAGAAACUCAGGGUCAGAGUAGGCCAGCCGUCCCUGGACGACGUCGAGCAGCCGACUUCGGGCGGCGGAGCCACCUUUCAGAGCGCCGAGCGUUGGCAUCGAGGGAACCGGGUGAUCAUCCCGUGUACGUCCAGGACAGAAGAACAGGAGGAGCUGUUAAAGGAGUACAAGGCGCCACAGAUUAGCUUCCAGGACAAGUCCUCCAACAACAGCCAAACACCUCUGAAUCCCGAGAACUACAAAGAAAGAAUGCACGACUUCCUGUACAACGAGGAGCGGGCCGAGGACCAGAUUGUCUCAAGACUAAAUGUUUGUGGACAAAUGACAACGUGUGACCGUCUGAGCGGCACAAAGUUUACCCUGCAGGCGCAUCCGGGAGAACUGUUCUGUGCGGUCUCAAUUCCUUUCAAUCUCACGCCAGACACACCCGAGGGCCUGGCACUAAAACGCAGCAUCCAGUCGGCCCUGAUUGCCCCCUUAUCGUCAAGCUUUCCAAACCCCAAAGUCUACGAAGCCAUCAUUCUGCCCGACAAAACAAGCGAAAACAAAAUGCAUUUGCAGCUGUCUAAGAAAUGUUGCUCCGAUCUGGCGCUCCGAAGCGAUGACUCGUAUCCGAUGGAGGUGCAGUUUCAGCUCGACCGCCUCGGCUUCUGCACCAUGCACAAGGCCGUAGACCUCCUUCCCGACACUAAAAGAGUGCUUCCGGACCUUCACGACUGCAUCGCUCCCGUGAACAACGUCUCCUGUGAGAAGCUGAAUGCAAAGCAGCUGUCGGCGAUUAACUUCAUCACGGGCGUUUCCAACGGCCGGGGUUGUGUGGCGCCUCUCCUCGUCUACGGCCCGUUUGGAACUGGGAAGACGUUCACGCUCGCCACGGCGGCCCGAGAACUUUGUAAGCAGCCUCACAAAAAAGUGCUCAUUUGCACCCACACCAACAGCUCUGCAGAUCUGUACGUCAGAGAUCACUUUCACCCAUUCAUUGACCAGAAAAAUCGAAAUAACGAGAUGCGGCCAAUUCGAAUAAAAGCAAACAGUAAAAAGGCUUACGCUGCCACCGAUGACGUCACUCAAAAAUACUGUUUGCUUUCACAAGAUGGACAGUUUUUCUUGCCACCUACAAAAGCUGCCCUGGACGGCCACAAACUAGUCAUAACCACGACAACAAUGGCGAGACGCUUUCACGACCUAAAGCUCCCAGAGGGAUAUUUCACCCACAUACUAAUUGAUGAAGCCUCUCAGAUGCUGGAAUGCGAGGCCUUGAUGGCCCUUGGCCUCGCUGGGCCAAACACCAGGGUUGCUUUGGCUGGAGAUCACAUGCAAAUGGGACCCAAGCUUUUCUCAGUUGAUGAUCAUCACCGUUCAAAUCACACGCUCCUCACCCGCCUGUUCCAUUACUAUCAAGGUCAAAAGUGUGACGCGGCCCAGAACAGCAGGAUAAUCUUCAAUGAAAACUACCGCUCAAGCAAAGAAAUAGUGGAGUUUGUGUCUACCCAUUUCUACGUUGGUCAGCAAGAUGUUAUCAAAGCCGUUGGAGAUGUUCCGGCUCCUGAAAAUGGCCAUGCACUAAAGUUUCACCACGUCCGGGGAGAGUGUCUCCUGGACUCUGUGUCCUUGUCUUGGUAUAACCAAGAAGAGGUUGUAAAAGUGGUUGAAGAAGUGAAGGAGGUUCUGAAAGACUGGCCAAUGAGCUGGGGGACAAAGAACCUUAGCUCCAUCUGCAUCCUGUCAGAGGGGAAUCAGGUACGGCAAAUCAGGACAUCCCUUUCAAGAAGAAACCUUUCUGGAGUCCACGUCGAGAAUCUUGCAAAUGUGCAAGGCAAACAGUUUAGGGUGGUCAUACUGUCGGCGGUGCAAACACGCGACAGCCUGAAAACGUCUCACCUGCCCGGUCUGGAGCUGUUCAAUGACGCCCGUGUGUUAAACACCGCCAUGACCAGGGCCCAGUCCCUCGUGGUUGUGGUGGGCGACGCCGCUGCGCUUUGUUGCUUUGGGAAAUGCUCAGCGGUCUGGAAGAGCUACAUAGAUCACUGCAUCAGCAACAAUAGUGUUUCACCCCGGCAUUACGCUCAAGGUUUCUUUGAAAAAGACGUCAUGGAAACGGCCAGGUUUCAAAAGUCUGAGCAAGUGCAUGAGAGCAACACUCUCAAUGAUGCAAUUCUUCAAGAGUUGACAGAUGAAUACAAACAGCUGAGAGAAGAAGAUGAAGUUGAAAAAUGCAGAUCGAAUUUGAAAGCCUUUGACAACCAUCAGUCAAAAUCAUCGCACGAUGUCAGUGAGCUUUUGGCGUUGUGUGAAAAAUACCCAGGGGUUUACCGGCAAGGAAAAUUGGUCAGGGAGACAGCAAGAAGAGGUUAUGUGGUACCUUUUCGUAACCCCGGCGAACAUAUCAUCAUUGACGGAUGGAAAAACCUGAAGGAAGUCUUCAGUGGGGACGAAGUGGUCGUAGACAAAGCAGAAGUGAUCGGCAUCACCAAGGAAGCCAAAUCAGCCCGUGAACUGGUGUGCAUCCUUGAGGACGAGGAUCACAGCAAAUCCAGACAGAAUUCUUACCAAAAAUUUGUGAGAAGGACCAUGAUUCCCAUCACAAGAUCCGCACCCAAAAUCUGCAUACUGCUCCUCAAGGAAGAACGUAACUUCCUUCCAAUAUGGGAGCAGAUAGAUGGAGUGUGGAUCCCCAUGUCAUAUACAUUUCUUGAUGGAAACCUCAAAGAAAAUUCAGUAUUUGUGGUGCAAGUGAUUGGAUGGAAGGAACAGUGCCAUAUUCCAUUGGGGAAGGUCAUAAAAAUUCUUCCAAUCGGAGGUUCUUUUUCUGCUGCACUACAGAUCCUGAAUGAAGAAUUCAAAGUUGCACCCAAUACAUGUAUGAAUGAAUCGCACGGUGUACUCACCUCCGAAGAUGAAGACAGGACACACAGAAAGGACGUAAAUACAAAGUUUACGUUCACUGUUGAUCCAGAAAAUGCAAGAGACUUGGAUGACGCCAUCAGUGUCAUGGAAAUUGGAGACCAUGAGUAUGAGUUGGGAGUCCAUAUUGCAGAUGUGGCGAGCUAUGUGAGUAAAGAUUGUGAAUUAGAUUGCGAUUCAAAACAACGUGGAGUAACGUAUUACGGGGAUAAGCACCAACCUCGGCAUAUGUUCCCUAAAGACGCCACUGAACACUUCAGUCUUCUGCCUGGAAAAGAUAAACGGGUGGUUUCAUUGAUGUUCAAAGUAAAAAAACAAACAAAUGAGAUCAUUGGAGAGCCCAAAUUCCAGCUGUCAUCCAUCAAGUCAAAUCGGAAGUUGUCUUAUAAGGAGGCAGGAGACAUGAUCACCGAAAGAUAUAGAGACAUCCCUCGAUUUGACUCCAUAGAAGACUGCGUGACGGUGGCUUAUUGUUUCGCAAAGGCCCAAAGGAUGUUGAGGCCUGUCGAUUGGGUUUACUCUCAACCCGAGGAAGACAGAUGGCCCGGAAAGCGCAAAGCCAAUCUGAUGAUUGAAGAGCUGAGUGUGUUAUUCAACACACACGCAUCAAAGUGUUUGAUGGGUUCAAAGGAAACCAUGUACUGCACACCCCUUCGCUGCCAAGCGGAACCAGCUCCCCAAAAAAUUGAAGAAUUCAAGAAGAAAUGUGGAGAAUUAAUAUCCCUGUCUUUUCAUGUAAAGGAUAGAGUUGACCACGACAACCAAGCCCCGAACUGUGAGAACUUCCGCAUACUCACAGAAGUGUGGGAAGAAAUCCAGGCAGCUGCCGGAUCAGAUGAUGUAGACAGCAUGGUGGACCUGAUCGCUGCAGACGACAUCCACCCUCUGCUCCAGCCAGUCAUUGAUCAGUUCAGAAGGUGUCAGCGUAAAGCUGAAGUCCUAUGUUCUAUGUCCUCAGACAAAGCACAGCAAGGGCAUUAUUCUCUGAAACUACCAUCCUACACCUAUGCAUCCUCGCCAAUACGGCGGUACAUUGACUUAAUCUCGCAGAGACUUUUGCACUCCAUCAUAUGCAACCGCAGGGUCCAAUACGACACGUCAGAGAUCAAGACUUUGUGUAGUCAAUUUGAGGACAGUUGCAAGGAUGCAAAAGCGUAUGAACAAAAGGCUGAUCAGAUCCGUUAUGCAGUGACCACGAGACACCAAAGUGCCCCAAAUCUAGCCUUUGUUGUUAGUCCCAACAAGGACCACUUAGCAGUGGCAUUUCCUUUUAACAAGAAUGCUCUUUCGGAGAGAUUAUCAAUUGCAUACAGAGAUUUACAAUUGUGCGACCAACCAGUUUUUGAUGAAGCAAACAACUGUGUCACUCUCAAAUGGAACAGGCGGAUUUACGCAGUUGACAACACCCAAAUCCACCAGGAGCUGCAAAUGCCAGGCUGUGAUUCCUGCGUUGAGCUUCCACUGGCAGUAUGGAAAGACAUUAUUGAAGCCGUUGACACAAGAAACUGGGAUCACGCAAAGUCUCUCACAAUAGAGGCUAGGAUUUUGCCACAAGCAGCUGUUGUGCCUCAGUCAAGUUGCAUCGACAAGCAAGGCGAACAGGAGCAUGAGGUCGCCAUCGAGCUUCAGCUGCAGAGAGGUGCCACGCUGAAGGUCCAAAUGACCACAGAGAUAAGGAGAGGCUAUCACAUGCCUGCUGUUCAGUUGGUGUGCGUUAAACCACAGUUUGAGAUUUGUGUGCACCAUGUCCGCAACUGCGUCACAUGCUUCUCCACAUCUGCAGACAGGCCAUCGAGGAUUUUCUAUCACGACCCUGAAGAGUACGUCCGUAUCUGGAAACCGAUGUGUGACAUGGAAUCCGUUUUCAAUGCAGUGGAGGAAAAUUACAGCAUAACCAUUGAGAACUUGGUGGUAAACUUCACUAGAGCGCAGGAAGGCACACUAGCAGGAAGCUUCUUCUUACCGGUGACAUGGAUCAAGAAUUGGGCCAUUGAAUGCAACCUAUGGAAGUGCUUACUGUGUAUACGGAAAAGAGGUUUGACCCUGGAUUCUGCACCGGUGGAAAGCCGACCGUAUACAUGGGUGGCCCACUGCCUCAUAAGAAAAGUAGCAAAACAGAAGAAGCCUCCAAAUGAAGGAAGUACGGUCGACUUCUCCGUCAAUCAUCUGGCAAUGGAGACCAUUCCUGAUUGUGUCUACAGGAAAAACACUCGUUUCACAGUGGAAAUAAUCCCAAAGCUCAUUCCUGACGUCCGGAAGGAAGAAGCUGUGCUGAACAUUCCAUCUGCAUGUGAUCUGGUCACGACUAUAGCACUCGGAAAACAAAUUCCAAGAGAGGUGGAACCAAGUUGGCACAGAGCAGGCAGAGACUUACCACCUGGGAUCCCACACUUUAACGUCAGUCAGCGUCUUGCUGUGGAGAAAGCUCUCAAUCACACCUUCACGCUCAUUCAGGGACCACCUGGAACUGGAAAGACCGUGGUGGGCGCUUACAUAGUCUCCUGUUUCGUUGAGCUGAAUUCUCUGCACCCGAGAAAAGUAAUUGACCCAAAGGAUGAGGGCAAGAAGCAAGUCAUUCUUUACUGCGGCCCGUCCAACAAGUCUGUUGAUGUCGUUGCAGAGAAUUUGUUGAAGUUUGGGGACCGACUACGGCCCCUCAGGGUCUACGGUGAACAAGUGGAGAUGCUGGAUUACCCUUUUCCAGACAGCGCUCUUCGGUUUUCUCAGAGGCCACACCGCCAAGAAAAGAGCAAAAAUGAGCUCAGGGGAAUCACACUGCAUCACCGCAUGAGACAGGACAAAAACCCUUUUUCGCGUCAAAUAAAAGAAUUUGAUGAACGCAUUCGAGAUGCCCUGUCGAAUAACAUUCAGCUCACGGAUGAAGAAGUGGACACAUACAAAAGUCUUCUCAAAAAAGCUCGAAUUUCUGAGCUCCAACAGCAUGACAUCAUACUGUGUACAUGUACACAGUCUUCCAACCAGAUAUUGACUUCCACGCUCGCUGCACGCCAAAUAAUCAUUGAUGAAUGUGCAAUGGCGACAGAACCCCAGGCCCUGAUUCCCUUAGUCUGCAACCAACCGGAAAAGAUUGUUUUGAUUGGUGACCACAAACAGUUACGACCCAUUGUGAAGCACGAGGGUGUGAGGAAGCUUGGGAUGACCAAAUCUCUGUUUGAGCGCUACUAUAUGAUGCACAAGAGCCGGGCGGUGAUGCUGGACACCCAGUACAGAAUGCAUGAGGAAAUAUGUGAGUUCCCAUCACAAGAAUUUUAUGAGGGAAAACUAAAAACUGGGGUGGAGCAGCCGAGCAGCGUCCUGCGUGUUCGAAAAAAGACGACGCCGAUCGUUUUUGGGCACAUCAUCGGAAAGACCAUCAGUCUGGUCGUCAACACAGCAAAGGGCAACGAGAACUCUAAAGCCAACAUGGAAGAGAGAGACAAAGCGAUUGAAAUUGCUAAGAAGCUGGUGGAGAAUGCUAAAAUCAAACAGCAAGACAUUGUGAUUCUGACUCCCUAUAAUGCCCAAGUGUCUGAAAUCAAAGAUGGGCUGAAGGAAAAGAAAAUGGAUCAAGUUCUUGUUACCACAAUCACCAAAAGCCAAGGAAGCGAAUGGCGUUACGUCAUCUUAUCCACAGUGUGCUCUCUGCCGGAAAAAGAAAUUGAGGAAGAGCCAGAUGGAGCUUGGUUCUCCAGACAUCUGGGCUUCGUGGGCGAUCCCAACCAGAUCAACGUGGGCAUCACCAGGGCCAAGGAGGGACUGUGCAUCAUCGGGAACCAGCUGGUGCUGAGCAAGAAUAGGACUUGGAAGAAGCUCAUUAGUCAUUACAGGGGCCAAAAUGCAGUGACAGAUGCACAAGACAUUUCAGUGUGUGCAAAUAGGUGACUUCAUCCAUCCUUUAUAAGACACAUGAUUUAUAAAAGUAGCAGACCAGAGGAAAAGAACAGCAAGACGAAACAUCUGUAUCACUUUUCAUGUGCCCUUUUUACAGUUUUAAAUGUAUUUGAUGUUUUUGAUAUUGUCAUUGAAGUGCUCUGAUUUUCCUUGCUAUUUGAUAUGAAUAGGAAAUUUUAAAGCUCCUAGAUCAACUGUAUCUAGAAUUGCAUUGUUAGAUGUGCUCAUUUAAAUUGUAUAUCCCCGGGUUUAAAGACUGCAUAUUCUGGGUUUUAUUGGUUGUGUUUAAGAAACAUUUUACCUAUUGUGAUACAUUCUCUUGUAUGUUCAGGGAUUCGCUUCUGCUACAGAAAUCUUAAUAAAAUAUCGCCAUUGAACCUAA